AGAAGAUAUCAUCAUCCAGUAACAGCUCUCCUUUUCGCCAUAUCCUCAACAUUCAGUGAGGCAAUCCACCAAACACCUCUCCGUCUCCCCCGCCAUGAUGGCCACUCUCACCACCGCCUCCUCCUCCUCCUCCGUCGUCCACCGAUUUCGUACCCACAAGCCCUCCCGCACGGUCCGGACCCCCCGCGCGCCCGCUGGGAUCCGGUGCUCCGUCGCCGAGGGCCCCGCGAUCUCCCAGUCGAGGGCCGCCGGCGGAGAACUGGCCGACUGCGUGGUGGUCGGGGGCGGGAUCAGCGGGCUCUGCAUCGCCCAGGCGCUCGCCACGAAGCACCGCGACAGAGCCCCCAACGUGGUCGUCACCGAGGCCAGGGACCGCGUGGGCGGCAACAUCACCACCGUCGAGAGGGACGGCUAUCUGUGGGAGGAGGGCCCCAAUAGUUUCCAGCCGUCCGAUCCCAUACUCACCAUGGUGGUGGAUAGUGGUUUAAAAGAUGAUUUGAUACUGGGAGACCCUAAUGCGCCUCGAUUUGUAUUAUGGAAUGGGAAAUUGAGGCCAGUACCCUCGAAACCUACUGAUCUUCCAUUCUUUGAUUUAAUGAGCAUUGGCGGCAAGCUCAGGGCCGGCUUUGGUGCACUUGGAAUCCGCCCUCCUCCACCAGGUCAUGAGGAAUCAGUUGAGGAGUUUGUGCGGCGCAAUCUUGGUGAUGAGGUUUUUGAACGCCUAAUAGAGCCAUUCUGUUCAGGCGUUUAUGCAGGUGAUCCUUCAAAACUGAGUAUGAAAGCUGCUUUUGGAAAAGUAUGGAAGCUAGAGCAAAUCGGUGGCAGUAUUAUUGGUGGCACUUUCAAAACCAUCCAAGAAAAAAAUAAAGCUCCUAAGGCAUCUCGAGACCCGCGUCUACCAAAACCAAAGGGCCAGACAGUUGGAUCCUUUAGAAAGGGACUCAUGAUGCUGCCAAAUGCAAUAUAUGAAAGGUUAGGUAGCAAAGUAAAAUUAUCCUGGAAGCUUUCAAGUAUUGCUAGAUUGGAUAAUCGGGGAUACAACUUGACUUAUGAAACGCCAGAAGGAGUGGUUUCUUUGCAGACUAAGAGUGUGGUCAUGACUAUCCCGUCCCAUGUUGCUAGUGGUCUAUUGCGUCCUCUAUCUGCUGCUGCUGCAGAUGCAUUAUCAAACUUUUAUUACCCACCAGUUGCUGCAGUAACCAUUUCAUAUCCAAAGGAAGCUAUCAGGUCAGAGUGUUUGAUAGAUGGUGAACUCAAGGGGUUUGGUCAGUUACAUCCUCGUAGCCAGGGGGUGGAAACUCUAGGAACUUUAUACAGCUCAUCACUUUUCCCAAACAGAGCACCAGAAGGAAGGGUUUUGCUGCUGAACUAUAUUGGAGGGGCCAUUAAUCCCGGAAUUGUAUCCAAGACCCCGGGUGAACUUGUGGAAGCAGUUGAUAGGGACUUGAGGAAGAUGCUUCUAAAUCCCGGUGCAAAGGAUCCCCUUGUCUUGGGUGUAAGAGUGUGGCCACAAGCUAUUCCACAAUUUUUGGUAGGUCAUCUGGACCACCUAGAUUCUGCCAAGGCUGCUUUAAAGGACAUUGGCUUCCAAGGUUUUUUUCUAGGUGGCAACUAUGUAUCUGGUGUGGCCUUAGGCCGAUGUGUUGAAGGUGCUUAUGAAGUUGCUGCGGAAGUAUCAAAAUUCUUGUCGCUAUAUGCUUACAAAUAGUCCUUCAAGUGCUGGAUUGAGCUUUUUGUGAUCCUCAGUUUAGCUGCAUAAUGUUUUGAAACUAGUGGCACUUCUUGUUUUAGGCAUGUAGUGGGUAAAUGUUUUUUAUCUGUAGGAGUUGCUCGAUAGAAUAGAAGAGGGGAAGAUUACAUUUGGAUGGUGAAUCUAUCUAUAUUGGGUUAUAACCGCUGUAUCAUUUUUCAUUGGGCUAUGAGGCAUGUACUGUGUUGUUUAGAGAGGGAUUUCGUUGAUGUAAAUCUUACUUGUUAUGCUCCA